UGAGGGCGGAGAGAGAAGCAGAGAGAGGAGACUGCUGGAAGGAGAAAGAAGAGGGAGGAGGGUGACAGGAAAGGGGAAAGGGAACGGAGAAAGAAGAGGUAGGAGAGAAGAGGGAAAUACAGGGAAAGCAGGGUCAGAGGUACAGAGAGGAAGGGAGAGACACAAAGUGGAGAAGAGAUCUCAGAAGGAGAGAAACAAUCAAGAGUGGAAAUGUGGAAGGGAAACAGUCCAGGGGGCAACCAGGGAGCAGCCAUGGAAGGGACAGGUGGAGAACUGGGGGGUCAGGGGAACUGGGGUCUGGAAGAUGCCCCAAGCCUCUUAGCUAGAGCUUCCCUGCCUAUCAUGCUCCCAUGGCCACUGCCCCUGGCCUCCUCAGCCCUUACCUUGCUCCUUGGAGCCCUCACUUCCCUUUUCCUCUGGUACUGCUACCGCCUGGGCUCCCAAGACGUGCAGGCACUGGGGGCUGGGGACCCGGCUGGGGAUGUUAGCGGUGGGGCUGUAGGAUGCUCUCAUACUGGCAGGCCAAGCCCAAGGAGAUCUGGGGAGCCUGGAGAAGGACCUAGGACAGAAGGCCUAGUGAGCCGUCGGCUUCGGGCCUAUGCCAGGCGCUAUUCCUGGGCUGGGAUGGGUAGGGUGAGGCGGGCAGCUCAGGGUGGCCCAGGCCCCGGGGGAGGGCCGGGGGUCCUGGGCAUUCAGCGCCCAGGCCUGCUUUUCCUACCAGACCUGCCUUCAGCCCCCUUUGUGCCCCGGGAUGCCCAGCGGCAUGAUGUGGAACUCCUGGAGAGCAGCUUCCCUGCCAUUUUGCGGGACUUUGGGGCUGUGAGCUGGGACUUCUCAGGGACUACCCCUCUGCCUCGGGGCUGGUCCCCACCUCUGGCCCCUGGGUGCUACCAGCUCCUGCUAUACCAAGCAGGCCGGUGCCAACCCAGCAACUGCCGCCGGUGCCCGGGGGCCUAUCGGGCACUGAGGGGGCUGCGGAGCUUUAUGAGUGGCAACACCUUCGGCAAUGCCGGCUUUUCCGUCCUCCUGCCUGGAGCCCGGCUCGAGGGCCGCUGUGGGCCCACCAAUGCCAGGGUCAGAUGCCAUCUGGGCCUGAAGAUUCCCUCUGGCUGUGAGCUGGUGGUCGGUGGUGAGCCCCAGUGUUGGGCAGAGGGGCACUGUCUACUGGUGGACGACUCUUUUCUGCACACAGUGGCUCAUAAUGGCUCCCCCGAAGAUGGACCUCGAGUGGUCUUCAUUGUGGACCUUUGGCAUCCCAACGUGGCAGGGGCCGAGCGCCAGGCCCUCGACUUUGUCUUCGCACCAGACCCUUGAAGGAAGUUGCUCUCUUGACACCUGGGCUGGAGAGACAUCGCACUCAGGGAUGGCUUGAGUGGUAGCCAGGACCUCUCUCCACUGUGGGGGGCGGAUGGGCUGAGCAUGGGAACUGGCCAGUGAGCACUGAAAUAUACAUUUUGAAUCCUCACCUAA